AUGGAUAAUGGUCAGUUGAGUGGUGUUGUUUUCCUUGAUAUUAGAAAAGCUUUUGAUUCUAUUGACCAUACAAUCUUAUUGCAAAAGAUGAAUGAUCAAUUUGGAAUAAAAAAUGUGGAACUAACUAAUAGAGAGCAAGCAUGCAUUGUCAACGGUGCAAUGUCAUCACCUAAAACGAUUGUGUGCGGAGUUCCGCAGGGAUCAAUUCUUGGUCCCUUGCUGUUUUUAUUAUAUAUUAAUGAUUCACCCGAAUGCCUCGAAAAAACUUCGCCACACCUAUACGCUGAUGAUACUCAAAUUCCUACUUCUGCCAAAACUAUUGAGGAACUUACUGAAAAUCUAAAUAAUGACCUGAAAAAAGUCCGGUGA